AUGACAGACAGAAUCAUACUCCUCUCACUGCUAAAGAUGGUGCAAAAUAAGCUAGACCACCUGAUAUUAGAUGAUAAACUAGAUGAUCAACUUAUAUACAUAUAUUCCAAUAUAGGCCAGUUCAGUGCGAAAGUUUACCAUAAAAAAAUAGAGGAGCUGCACUAUAUAAAACUUCUCGGAUAUAACACCACCAAACCCAGAAAAUACCCAAAUGUGAGAGAGCUGCAAUGA